GCGUCAUGGCGGCGAAAUCUUCCCCCGCAACCGCUGUAAUCAUCAUCGGAGAUAAUUCCGGUGAAGGUGAAGCCGACGACGAGGGCGACGACUCCGAUUAUCCGCCUCGAAAGUUCAAAAAGUAUCGCUCCAUUGCCGACGUUUACCAGUCCACAAAACCUCUGCAGAUCGUCAAGGCCACUCCCGCCAAACGCCAUUAUAGAAGAAAGGGCAAGGCCGCCAGAAGAACGAAAAAGAUUGAGAAAAAAGAAGGGAAAGAGAAAAGAAAUAUAAGAUUGAAUAAGGAUAAUUUCAACGAUAAUAGUAAUAAGAAUAAUAAAAAUAUUAUUAUUAUCGAUUUGGAGGAGAGUUCGGAGGAAGCAACAACGGAAGCUCUCCCCCGGAGAAAUCCGAAGUUUAGAUCCCUCGACGAAAUCUAUGAGGCGGCGCAAACUGUUCCGGUGAAAAGCGAGAUGAAAUCACGGUUGAAUUAAGGUUUUU